AUGGGGCCUGGCUUAAUGGUGUGCUUUGCUGAUACAGAUGGCUCCUGCCUGAUCACUGCGGCCGACUCGGGUUCAGAAUGGAGGUACAAGUUGUUGCUGCUUCAAGCAAUUCUGGUGCCCAUUUUGUACUUUGCCCAGGAACUCUCUGUGCGCUUGGCUUUGGCGAAGGGCAAGGGCCUUUGUGCGCUGUUGAGAGUUGAGGCUGGUCCCAAAUGGGCUUGGGCGGUUGCAGUGCCACUGCUUGUGGAUUGCAUCCUAGCUCUGAUUUCCGAAUUGACAGUAUUUGGUCAAACUUUGCUGGCCUGUUGGGAGAUCCCGCUUUCGGUCUCAAGCACACUCUUUGCGCUGGCUUUGGUGCUUCUGGCAUUGACAGGCAGCUAUGCCGUGGCAGAGAAGGUGGGCUUGGCCAUGGGUAUUUUACAGGUGUGCCAGGCUAUUCUGAGGUUGAGCUUUGGCAUGGACCCAAAAGCAUUCUUCAACCGAUUGGAAUUACUGCAUUUGACUUCUGAGAUUGCCGCCGAUCUCAUUCCUAGGACAAAUGGAAACUAUGUGAAGCUCGUCACAGCCAACAUAG